CGCAGCUUGAUAUCCUGUAAUAAGUGCAGUCAUUCCUUACAGGGCAUUUGGCCUUUUGACUAUUCAGCGCUUAUCCGUUUUUAUAAUUUUUUCAGCGCAAGUUUUCAACAAGAAUAGAAGAUAAAGAACAAAUAUGUCUUAUUUAUUCAUUAUAUGUGUUGUUAUGUCGACAUGCUUCCAGAUUCAUUGCCGAGCGGACUUUACUGGGCACAAAUUACUAGCACUAAGUCCCAGCAACGCCGAAGAACUGGACACUUUAAAGAAACUUGCCAGAAACCCUCAGGUUGAUGUUUGGAACGAACCUCUAGGUUUGAACGAAGAAGUAAACGUGAGGGUUCCACCGGAAAUAGCCAAUCGUUUGGAAACAGAUUUGAGGGCAAAGGGAAUUGAUGUCACCGUUGUAACAGAUGACCUUCAAAAGUGGAUAGACCGAGAGAAAGAGGAAAAUCCCAUAGAUAACGCUUUAGCAGGAAGACAAGAAGAUUUCCCUUUGGACGUCUACCACACUUAUGACGCUAUAAUGGAGUAUUUGGAUUCUUCGGCUGAAAGAUAUGCUGAAAUAGCUUCUGUAGAAACUAUCGGCACAACAUACGAAGGAAAUGCAAUAAAAGGAAUAAAGAUCGGCUCCAAAGGGACUGACAAACCAGCCAUCUGGAUCGAUUCUGGAAUCCACGCCAGAGAGUGGGUAGCUCCAGCAACAUCCCUGUACAUGAUCGAUAACUUGCUCAAGGGCUACGACACAGAUUCUGAAUCUAAGGAACUGUUGGACACUUUCGACUGGUACAUCUUCCCUGUUGUCAACCCUGAUGGUUACAAGCACACUUGGGCUAUCAAUCGCUUUUGGAGGAAAAACAGAGCUGUUCAUAGAAGUCUGAACACAAAUCCUUUCUGCAGAGGGACUGACCCGAAUAGAAAUUUCAACGCAUCGUUUGGAGGGGCCAGUACCAGUGGCGACUCGUGUUCUGACAUCUACCGUGGUCCAUCCCCUUUCUCGGAAGCUGAAAGCCAAGCUAUCAGGGACGGUGUAACGAAUAUAGGCAGCAGGCUGAAGGCAUAUUUCUCAAUCCACAGUUACUCUCAACUGUGGAUGACCCCGUAUGGAUACACCCGAGACCACCCAAAGGACUACGAAGAUCAUAUGAAAGCUCUCCAAGCAGUUGAAAGUGCAAUUGAAAACGUUCAUGGCGAGAAUUACAAGUGCGGACCUAUUGCUGAAACUAUAUAUCCGGCAGCAGGUUCUUCCAUCGAUUGGGUCUACGACGAUGCCAAAGUCAAAUACAGUUUUGCCCUGGAGUUAAGAGAUACGGGCAGACAAGGGUUCAUGCUCUCCAACAGAUACAUUAUCCCAACUGCCGAAGAGAACUUUGCUGGGAUUAAAGCUGCGGCUCACAUCGUCAAGAGCGAACUGUAAAACUUUCCGCUGCUUUUGCAAUUAAAAUAAAGCAGU